AUCAAACGAGGGAUCCUAUCCCAACACCAAGAUAAAACGAGGGAACCUAUAGGCUAUUUCCUGUUAGCAAACCAAAUCAGCCGAGCUCUCGACCUUCUGGCAGAAGCCGCUGGGCCUAGUCGCCUGCCGCGAGUCCGCAUUUUAGCCUCCGCCGCCUGCCGCCGUCCGCGCCAGCGCCACUCCAGGUCUCCGGAAUCGGAUCGCUAUUUACGACGUCCAAGUGCUAGUCUGAGCAUUGAAGAAUGGCGGAUACGCGGCUGGUUAAGUCAGCUAGGUACAAGUCAGCAGUCAAGGACCAAGGUGUCAAUGGCAUUUUGGAGAUGACCAUGGAAAGGUUCAUAUUUACGCCUAAUGACCCAAUGUCAUCAAUCAAGCUCAAUGUGGAGUUUAGGUUGAUUACAGGCCAAAAGUUUACUAAACAGGGUAUCACUAUUAACCCGCCCUUGCUUAAUCUUUCCCAGAAUCAGGUUAGUGAUGUCUAAUGCGGCUUGGACAACUGGUCUGUAACACAUUUUCAUUUGGAUGUGUAGUGAUUAUACAUGUGUGUGUUUGUGUGUGUAUCUUAUCCGGUGGAACUUUGAAUUGUUGAAAGGGUAAAAACUAUAUAUUUGAGUUCGACGAAUUCUCAGACCGUGAUGCUUGCAGAGAUUUCGUAGCUUCAGCCAUCAUUUCGUAGGGUGCUCUCUUAUUGUUUGAUUCGGAAUGCCGCACAUACCUUUUCGUAGGGGGGAAUAAGUCGCGACUCGCGACUGCACGUGCUGGAAAGUCAAAACAAUAAUAAGUGUAAUAAUCUUUGAAGUUAUAUAAAGAGGCGUCUUUUUAUAGCAAGUUAUAGUAAGUUGUCAUAUCUUAUUUACGUGUGAUAUCUUAUUUUGGAACACAACUCAUAAUUAAAUAUGGUGAGUUUGG